UGGGGUCGGGGAAGACGGUAAAGAAGCGAUGUCCUCACAGAAGCUGUUAGUGCGCCCCAGCUCACAAGACAAGAAGGCAGACUGUAGACUGAUCUGUUUCCCUUGGGCUGGAGCUGGGGCUUCCUAUUACAUUAGCUGGGCAAAGAAAUUCUCACCAAGCAUUGAAGUGGUAGCACUGCGCCCACCUGGAAGAGAAAUUCGUUUCAAAGAGCCAAAUUUCAGGACAUUAGAAGAGGCGGUGACGCAGACCACAGAAGCAAUAGUACAGAAUCUUCUGGACAAACCGUUUGCUUUCUUCGGACACAGCUGGGGGUCUUUGCUCAGCUUUUCUGUGGCUGUGAGAUUGAAGGAGAAACAUGGGGUGGAGCCCAUCCACAUGUUUGUGUCAAGCAUGUCCGCACCUCAUUCCGCCCAGGUUCAAGAAAAAGACAAAGUGACGAAGAAGAGUAACAAGGAGUUUUUGGACUUCAUGAAAUCAUUAGGGGGGACUCCUAAAGAAGUGCUGGAGAAUGAGGAAUUAAUGGAGAUGUGCCUGCCAUCAAUGAGAGCUGAUUAUGGCCUCUAUGAAGAGUUCAAGUACAAGUUACCUCCCACUCCACCACUCUCCUGCCCUUUACACGUUUUUGAUGGCAAAAAUGACAAGAAGCAUGAUCUGGAUGGCUGGCGUCAGGUGACCACAGGAGAUACAGUCUGUGACAUGUAUCCAGGAGGCCAUUUCUACUUCAAAGAUAAAGCAAAUGAAUCCAAGAUUAUUGGCCAAAUCAAUACUCGUCUUCAAGAUUUGAUUAGACUAACAGAUCAGCCUCUCUAAUUGGCUCUCUGCCAUCUGACGUGUGCUUGGAGCAUUCUGAUUGGUCAGCAGUGUGAUGGGAUAAGGUAUUCCUGAACAAGCUGAUUGGAGGAACGUUAUGAGAAAAUGGCAGAUGUAUUUUAUUUGGUUGAAUGGUGAAUGCUUGCAGCCAGCUUUAGAGCACACUUCUGAUUGGUUCACUGGUGACUGGAGCAUCAGUGAACAGGCACUGAUAAACCAGCCACAGGAAAGUCUCAGUCCUUUCCCAUUUUUUUUCAUUCAUUUUAAAGCCUGACAGGAGUAACAUAUGAAUGGUUAAUAUAUUUUGUUGCUUUUCUUUAACAGUUUAACAUUGCCAGCAGUCAUCAGUAAGACAAGUAUUUUUUAGAAACCAGCUUUGUAAGAUCACAGCGCACACUCUCCAAGGAACAUUUGUUUGAUCAUUGUACACUGUAUAUAUGAUAGUGAAAAAUGCCUUGAACAGUACACUUUCUUAGCCUGGUGAAUUAUUGAGUUGAUGUUGACAUUAUAUGACAACCAGCAUAUGUCUCCUAUAUAAAGUCUUUAGUUGAGUGUUGUGGUAUAUAUUUACAUGUAUUUCAGGUGGUGCACUGUGGUUUUGAUUUAUAUAUUUGCUUGGAGUUUUACGCCAUACUCAAGAAUAUGUCAUGUACAUGUAUGAAAUGGAGGCCAGCUUUAUGGUUAGUACGAAUUUUCUGAUUAGAACUUGCAGCAGAUAUUGUGAUAGGCCUGGCGGCAUGCUGCAGUUAUAGUCAGAAGUCGCUCCAUUUGAAAAAAUUAAGAGUUUCCAACCAAUGUUGCCGAUGCUAAAUUAUCCACCUUAUUCCCUUGUUUUAGCUACAUUAGAGCACGAAGAGUCCUUCUCACCUCGUCUACAGUCUUACAUCUCCCUUGUUUGUCCAUUGUCAAUGAUACUUUGAUGAACACAUCUCCCACACCUCUUCAGUCCUUCUCACCUCGUCUACAGUCUUACUUAUCCCUUGUUUGUCCAUUGUCAAUGAUACUUUGAUGAAGACAUCUCCCACAACUCUUCAGUCCUUCUCACCUCGUCUACAGUCUUACUUAUCCCUUGUUUGUCCAUUGUCAAUGAUACUUUGAUGAAGACAUCUCCCACACCUCUUCAGUCCUUCUCACCUCGUCUACAGUCUUACUUAUCCCUUGUUUGUCCAUUGUCAAUAAUAGUUUGAUGAACACAUCUCCCACACCUCUUCAGUCCUUCUCUCCUUGUCUACAGUCUUACAUCUCCCUUGUUUGUCCAUUGUCAAUGAUACUUUGAUGAACACAUCUCCCACACCUCUUCAGUCCUUCUCACCUCGUCUACAGUCUUACUUAUCCCUUGUUUGUCCAUUGUCAAUGAUACUUUGAUGAACACAUCUCCCACACCUCUUCAGUCCUUCUCACCUCAUCUACAGUCUUACUUAUCCCUUGUUUGUCCAUUGUCAAUGAUACUUUGAUGAAGACAUCUCCCACACCUCUUCAGUCCUUCUCACCUCGUCUACAGUCUUACUUAUCCCUUGUUUGUCCAUUGUCAAUGAUACUUUGAUGAACACAUCUCCCACACCUCUUCAGUCCUUCUCUCCUCGUCUACAGUCUUACAUCUCCCUUGUUUGUCCAUUGUCAAUGAUAGUUUGACAAACAAAGUCUCCCAUACUUCUUCAGUCCUUCUCACCUCGUCUACAGUCUUACAUCUCCCUUGUUUGUCCAUUGUCAAUGAUACUUUGAUGAACACAUCUCCCACACCUCUUCAGUCCUUCUCUCCUUGUCUACAGUCUUACAUCUCCCUUGUUUGUCCAUUGUCAAUGAUAGUUUGACAAACAAAGUCUCCCAUACUUCUUCAGUCCUUCUCUCCUCAUCUACAGCCUUACUUAUCCCUUGUUUGUCCAUUGUCAAUGAUA